AUGGUGACCAAGCCGGCACCCGCACCUCAAUUCAAGACACUACUCGGCCUGAAGAGUGCAGUUUGGUGGUUCAUGGCGAUCAAUCGCAGGAUGAGAAACACUGGCAAUCUUGGUGCUCUCUCUAGCAUGCAUUCUGUAUUGACUGGUGCGUAUUUAGCGCAUCCAUCCGCCCGCAACGCUUGUACUGCUACUCAGGCUACCCUUGACGCCACAGCUAUGUCGAAGGUCCUGGUCAAGGGAGGCAAGUUCGAUACCGGCACUCUUCGAGCAAAACGCCGAAGUCUAAAGGCCCGAGGCAUGAAUAGGCCGCAGUGGUGUCGUAGUCGAUGGUGGAGAAGGCUCAGCCGACAGUGCCAUGUCGUCAACUACACAUCCGUUGGCGUCAUUUGCGGUGGUUCGCGACUGAGACGGCUCAUCGGGCUUGAUAGCUCAAGCCAUCGGCAACUCCUCACAUCGACACCGUUCACGGUUCUCCUGCGAUCUGCUCUUCCAACUUUUGCAUCCGUGCCGACCGGGAAAGUCACGUGUUUCCGCGUUGCCGACCUCCACGGAUGCAACUCGGGGGCAUCGCCGUUAUUACAUGACACUGCACAGUCCACAAUCAUAGUAGACUUUCUUCCUCCCGCUAUGCAGUCUGUACCGGAUCCUGUAGGAAUCACGUCUGACCAUCCUGAUCAGGUUUCCAUCAUAGUUGUUUUUCCCGUCGCACACGGGACAGGUAUUGGCCAUAGCAUCAAUCGGUCCGCCGACAGUGAACGGGAGGAUCUUCGUGCCCGUGAACAUUUGGCAUUUAUAAAAUCCAGCGUCCUUAUCACAUGGUUGACCGAUAGUGAUCCAUCGAUGGUCGCAGGUGGGGGAUUUAAAAUAAACGGUGCGGCACAUGGCUAUGCUAAGCCUGUGAGGAAGGAUGCGCACCACGUUGCCCUCUGCUCGGAAAUGAAGGAGGUGGAAGAAAACGAGUAUUAG